GAUUUGCGCAUGUUCAGAGCGGAUGUUGAAGCGGAGUGUCCCUAUUAAUAGUUUUUAAGCUUUCCGAGGUAGUUGCACGGCUUGGCGCAAUGGUGUUUCAGUGUCAGAAACAAUCCUAUUUGAAGGAGUUUGAGACUACUGUGGUAUCAUGUACGCCAGCAGAGCUGAACACCGCACUUCAUGGGAAAAAGGAAACACUGAAAGGUUUCAACGUGAUCCUUGAGGACACACUGCUAUUUCCAGAGGGAGGUGGGCAGGCUAUUAAAAUUUUGGGGACAGAAAAAGGUAAGAAGAAAAAAAUAAAUUUGCUUUUCCUGGUCGGGAACAGAGUGCUAAAGUAUGCAGAGAAAAGUUUGAGAGUGGAAAAGGCAUUGACAUCGCUUCUCAAAAAUGGACCAGAGCAACACGUUGAAGCUGUGGACAGACUGCAAAAAUCAGUUAAAUUGCUUCAAAAGAAUAACUUGAGUCUGCUCAGGGAUUUGGCUCUGUUGACUGCAAAGAACUUUAAAAGUGAUCCAAACAAAUGCAAGAUAUUUGUUUUGCAUAGGAAAGAAGGGGACAGUGAAUUUAUGAACAUAAUAGCAAAUGAAAUUGUCACUGAGGUCAUACUGCUGUUCUUAACAGUUGGAGAUGAAAAAGGAGCAGGGUUAUUCCUUUUGGCAGGUCAAGUGGAUGCUGUUGAAGCAUUAGGAACAAAAGUUGCUGGAAUCCUUGAUGGAAAAGGAGCUGGAAAACAUGGUCGUUAUCAGGGGAAAGCGAAUAAAAUGAGCAGGCGUCCAGAAGUGGAAGCCCUCCUGCAGCAAUAUGUGCUCAUGAAGGACAAAAAAGAAGAAUGAAUUUACAGAGGAGAUAGAUGAAAAUUUAAAUGUUUGGCGUUUUAGUUUUAUUUGAAAAAUACUUCCUCUUUAAAUGAAUAUUUAUAUUAAUUUGGUAUUACUAUAUAUUUUCUCUCACAUCCAACUUUGUAAGUUCAAUGUUAGUACCAAGUUGGUUCCAAAAGGAAGUGAGGUUACCUCAGGGAAGCACUGUUUCUCCUUGGCGCUAGAUUCAGGCUGUAUUCACUGUGUAACUGUGAGUCAGAAUGAAUGAUGAAAGUAUAAUCACUCUUUCCUACCAAAGUUUUGAUUGUCAUAUCAAGUUUAAUAAAUAAAAUGAUU